AUGGCCAAGGAGUCUAUUGCAGUAAAUAGUAGAAGAAAAGUGAAGAAAAUACGCGGCGAAAACGAGCCGAAAAAGCCUACUACUGAGUACUUUAUGUUUUUACGGGACGAAAGAAAAAACCUGCAGGCAGGCCUAUCUGUGAAGGAGCAGACCAAGAUACUGAGCAAGCUUUGGGCUGAGCUGGAUCCCUCCACCAAAAAGAAGUACUCCGAGGAGUAUGCAAGCUCCUUCGAGAAGUACAAGGCUGAGCUGGAGGAGUACAAGAAGACUGCGGAGUAUCAGGAGGUCCUGAAGCAGAACCAGGAGCAGAAGCUGUCCGGGGAGAAGAAGGGGAAGAAGGCGCAGGUGACCCGAAAGCCGUCUGGGUACAAUCUUUUCGUGAAGGAGGAGCGAGCCCGCAUGGCUGAGGAAAGGGGGAGUGCAGCAGCGCUUUCUUUCAAGGAGAUUUCGCAGAUGAUCUCGAAGAAGUGGCAGUCGCUGGAGGCGGGCGAGAAGGAGGCGUACAAGGCGAAGGCUGCGAGCGAGGAGGGCGAGAAGGCGCUGGAGAACGUCGAGCCGCAAUGA